AUGGAGGCGGCGGAGGGGCCCGGCCGGCGGGAGCUGCUGGCGACGGUGGCGGCGCAGGAGGAGCAGCUGCGCGAGUACCAGGCCGCCCAAGCUGACGAGCACCUGCGGAUGGGAGAGCAGCGCGGGGCCGCCCUGGAGGCCCGGAUCUCCGAGAUGUCGGAGCUGCUGGGCGCCUACGAGAAGGCCAGGCAGAAGGACCAGGCUGCCCUCCAGAAGCUGAAGGACCGCCUCCUCCAGCUGGACCUCGAGAACAAGACCCUGGCCGUUGCCGCCUCUGGCCAUGCCACUGUGGGCCUCGCCCUGGAGGACGGCCGCCUGGACGCCAACGUGCUGAGAGACAAGGUGGAGAAGCUGACGGAGCUGGCACGAGUGGCUGCCGAGCACGCGCCAUCUCUCGUGGGGGACGGCGAGGCUAUCUGCCCGGAGGAGCCCCCUAAGGACGCAGAGACUGGGGACGGCGAGAAGGCCACCCUGGCCUAUUAUCAACAGGAGCUCAAGCAGCUGAAGGAGGAGUUUGAGAGGUACAAGGUGAGGGCGCAGGUGGUCUUGAAAAACAAAUCGGCCAAAGAUGGGAACCUGGCCAGAGAGCUGGAGGAGAGCCAAGAGCAGCUGGUGGAGCUGAAGGAGAAAUACGUUUCCCUUCGGCUGUCCUGCGAAGUGGAGGCCAAGCAGCACCAGGAGCAGCUGGAGGCCAAGAGGCGAGAAGCAGCUCUCCUCCAGCAGCUUCACCGCCAGGAGUUGGAGCGAUGCCUGUCGGAGGGCCGGGAGAAGGCCCUGCGGCUGGAGGAGGAGAUGCACAAGCAGCGUGACCGGGCCCUGGCCGUCCUGAUGGAAAAGGACCAGGAACUGCAGCAACUGAGGGUCCUGUCCGUGCCCUUCGGGGUACAGGCUCCCAAAACGGCCACGGGGCCGGGUAAUGGUGGCAGCGGCAGCGCCCACAGCAACAGUGAGGUGGGUGACGAUGCUUUGGAGCACCUGACCCUGUCUCUCCCUGCCCCCAACGAGCCCACCUUCCUGCUGUACACAGAGCAGCUGGCUCGGAAGGAGGUGGAGAUCGUGGCUCUGAAGAAGCAGAAGCACCAGCUGGAGAUGGAGGUUCACCAGUUGCAGGAGAAGCUUAUGGAAGAAGGAGAGAAACACCGAGAGGAGUUGUCUCUGCUCCAGGGCCACAUUCAAAAGACUUUCAGGGACCGGAGCAGAGAGGGAGCUAACCUGGAAUACCUCAAGAACAUUUUCUACAGGUUCCUGACUUUGACAGAUUUGCUGGCACGCCAGCAAACCCUGACGGCCAUAUUGACUAUUUUGCAUUUUAGCCCAGAAGAGAGACAGGCUGUUCUGAGCCAUGUGGGCGGAAGCAGCAGCUGGUGGCUUUCGGGGAAGAGAUGAACCCCCCCACCCCUGCUUGCUGGGGGUGGGGGGUGGGGAAAGUUCCUAAUGAGGCUGGCUUCCCUAUUCUGGCCUCAAAGCAAGCAGUAGCCAUUCUCAGCCAUUGACUGGGGAGGCCACAGGACCAGCCAAGACUCCAGCCUGAGUGAAAUGCCUCCCGGGGGCUGCAGGGAUUCCAUUUGGGGUCUUUGUUCUUUUUAAAGGGCUCCAUUCAGGAGUCUAGCCAGUGUUUGUUUCAAUACUUGUGCCAAAUGUGGACCGGGGCAAUCCUCUGGACUCUCAAGCCUGCGGCUGAAGCCAGCCAAUAAAGCAUCAGCCAUUGAAGCCUCUCCUGUGAGUGCCUGGGCUGGAGCCAGAUCCCACCUU